AUGUGGUAUCAUAUCUCAGAUGCGAGCGAAUACCUCGUCGUCACUGGUGGUGGUGUCGACGAUGUGCGAAUUGUGAAGAAAGCCUUCGUUUACCCAUGGCAAAGGGUGGCACGAAUUUCCGUUUCGCCCUUUGACUUCUCUCUCAACCUCCAGGCGAUGACCAUCGAGAAGCUGCAGUUCGCCCUCCCUGCUGUAUUCACGAUAGGUCCACUGAAUCAACCAGAAGCCUUGAAGAAAUAUGCCCUUCUCUUGAGUGGAAAUCCUGAUGGCUCACCAGGGGCGGCUGGUCGCAAAUCUGACGCCGUGAUUGUACCGACCCAGAGAGGUCAUGUUCAGGACAUAGUGAAAGGUAUCAUCGAGGGUGAGACGAGAGUCAUUGUGAGCUCCAUGACUAUGGAGGAGAUUUUUAAGGAGAGGCAGAUUUUCAAGCAAAAGGUCAUUGAAAAUGUUCAGAAGGAACUUGACCAAUUUGGUCUUUGCAUCUACAAUGCCAACGUUAAAGAGCUACAAGACACCCCUGGCUCGGAGUACUUCGCAUUCCUCUCUCGCAAGGCUCAUGAAGGCGCUUCCAACCAAGCACGUAUCGAUGUGGCUGAAGCCCGUAUGCGCGGUGAGAUUGGUGAGGCUGGCAAGAAAGGUCACACCAAACAGGAGAUUUCCAAGAUCGAAGCAGAAACUGCGGUUCUAGAGACCAAAAGAAAGGCCGACAAAGCACAGGCAGACGCAGAACUCACGAACAAGCAGACCGACUUGGACAUGGGCAUCCAAAUUGCGCAGAUCAGAGCACGAAGAGCUGCCGAAGCGCGAGAUGCAGAGCUCCAGAAAGACGUCGAGAUGAAAAAGGCGGCCACCGAGCUCGAAAGACUCCGUGCGAAGGAUCUUGUUCGCGCACAAAUCGCCAAAGAGACUGCCCAGCAGGAUGCAGACGCUCAAUUCUACCGCGAGUCCAAGUCCGCCGAUGUCAAGGCAUAUGCUGAAAAGCUCGAUGCCGAUGCCCAGCUGUUCAAACAACAACGACAGAUCCAAGCCUCGGUUGAGCGACAGAUGAAAGAAGCCGACGCAAUGUAUCAUGCCAAGAUGAGAGAAGCAGAAGCCACCAAGGCACAGGCAGAAGCGUUCAAAUCCCUCGCCGAUGCGUUCGGCGGCCCCCAGGGGCUUCUCACGUAUAUGAUGCUGAAGGAGAACACGUAUGAGAAGCUGGCGCUCGCCAACGCCAAAGCCGUCCAGGGCCUGCAACCCAAGAUCACAGUCUGGAAUACCGGCUCGGACGGGAACGGUGGCGGUGCCGAGGCCGCCGGUAUUGCACCGAUCAAGAAUCUCAUGCAGAGUCUACCACCGCUGUUCAGCACCAUCCAGGAACAGACUGGCAUCACGCCACCAAACUGGAUGCUGCAGAUGCCCAAGCAGGGCGAUGUGGCGGGAUACCAGGCGCAAGCAGCCAAGCUUAAUGGUGGUGUGACUGCCGAUGAGAAGCGGAAGCUGCUCAAUGGUGGCAAGUGA